AGGAAGCAGCUAGCGGAUUAGAGUCAGGGUAAAAGGGUUUGCUAGAAGUUGGUUUUCCGCCGGGCUAGAGUGUCCCCUCCGGUGACAGCGCCAGUGGCCUCUGGAGGACCAUGUCGUUAGACUUUGGCAGUGUGGCACUACAGGCACAAAAUGAAGAUGAAGAGUACGACAAAGAGGACUAUGAGAGGGAGAAAGAGUUACAGCAGUUACUCACAGACCUUCCUCAUGAUAUGCUGGACGAUGACCUCUCCUCCCCCGAACUCCACUAUUCAUACUGCAGCGACGAUGGCACAGAGGGAGAACCACAUCCUCCUGAGCAGUUGGAGAGGGACUGGAAAGAGCAUCAAGUGCUGUCCAGAUCUCAAAGUGUAACUGGUUUAUUUGUUGGAGAGAAGUGUGGCAAUGGCUGGAAAGAAAAUCAAAGUACAACUGAAGAUCGACAUCCUGGGUACCAUCCUGAAGAAGGUGGAGAUGAAGGUGGAAGUGGUUACAGUCCUCCAAGUAAACAGGAGCAGACUGAUUUGUACCAGCUUCCUGAAAACUUUAGGCCAUACACCAAUGGUCAGAAACAGGAAUUUAAUAAUCAAUCAACAAAUGUAAUUAAAUUUUCAGAUCCUCAAAGGAACCAUUUUCAGCAAUUUGGCUCACCACAAGGGCCCAGCUGUCAAGCUUUAGAGCCUUAUAAAGUGACGUAUAAACCAUAUCAGCCUUCUCUCCAGAACAAUAGCUCACCAGCCCAGGAGGUAGCAGAAAGUGAUACAUUUGAAGGCCUGCAGCAACAAUUUUUAGGAGCUAAUGAAACAGAUUCUGUAGAAAAUGUGCAGAUUAUGCAGCUUCAGGUUCUCAACAAAGCAAAAGAGAGACAACUGGACAGCUUAGUGGACAAGCUAAACGACAGUGAGCGUCAGAUUCGGUAUCUGAACCACCAGCUCCGGAUGAUCAGUGAUGAAAAGGAUGGUUUGACCUUCAGCCUUCGAGAAUCGCAGAAACUCUUUCAGAAUGGAAAAGAGAGGGAGAUCCAGCUUGAAGCACAAAUAAAAGCACUGGAGACCCAAAUUCAAGCAUUAAAAGUCAAUGAAGAAAAGAUGAUCAAGAAGUCCAGAGCAACUGAAAUGGCUCUGGAAAGCUUGAAGCAGCAACUGGUCGACCUUCAUCGUUCUGAAUCACUCCAGCUAGCCAGAGAGCAGCAUGAUAAUGUUGUUAUGGGCCUCACAAAGAAGUAUGAAGAGCAAGUAUCAUCCUUACAGAAGAAUUUGGAUGCUGCAGUUACUGCACUUAAGGAACAGGAAGACAUUUGCUGUCAUUUCAAAGAUCAGGUGAAGCAACUGGAAAGAAAUCAAGAAGCAGCCAAGUUAGAGAAGACUGAGAUCAUUAAUAGAUUGACAAGAAGCCUAGAGGAGAGUCAGAAGCAGUGUGCCCAGUUGUUGCAAUCAGGCUCCAUACAGGAGGUGGUUCAGCUUCAGCUCCAGCUGCAGCAAGCACAAAAGGCACACGCUCUAAGCGAAAGCAUGAACAAGGCUUUGCAAGAGGAAUUAACAGAACUAAAAAAUGAAAUUUCUCUCUAUGAAUCUGCUGCAAGACUAGGCAUACUUCCAAGUGACUCAGAAGGAGAAUUAAAUAUAGAGCUCACCGAAUCAUAUGUGGAUUUGGGUAUUAAAAAAGACAACUGGAAAAAAUCCAAAGUUAACAGCAUUGUGCAGCAAGAAGCCCCAAAUGAAGAGCUUUCAAAAGAUGAGGUCAUCCUGAAGUUGAAAGCAGAAGUGCACCGGUUGCUGGGUAGCAACUCAGUGAAGCGUCAUCUGGUGUCCCAGUUACAAAAUGAUCUCAAGGACUGUUGUAAGAAAAUUGAUAAUCUCCAGCAAGCGAAGGAGGAUGGCAAAAGCUUUGAGGUUGAGACUAAAACAGUUACUUCAGAAAAACAAAGUAAUCAAUUAUGGCUUGACUCUUCUACUUCUAAUGUGAUGGUCAGAGAUGACAUUCUACAACUUAAAAAUGAGGUUCAAGUUUUACAACAACAAAAUCAGGAACUUAAAGAAGCUGAAGAAAAACUGAAAAAUACAAAUCAAGAGUUAUGUAAUCAGAUGAGACAGAUGGUACAGGAUUUUGACCAUGAUAAACAGGAAGCUGUGGAUAGAUGUGAGAGGACUUACCACCAGCACCAUGAAGCCAUGAAAGCCCAAAUACGUGAGAGCCUGUUAGCAAAGCACACUUUGGAGAAGCAGCAGCUCCUUGAGGUUUAUGAGGGGACUCACUCACAACUCAGGUCUGAGCUGGAUAAGGUGAAUAAGGAGAUGGCUGCGGUGCAGGAGUGUUACCUAGAAGUGUGCAGGGAGAAGGAUGAUCUAGAAUCGACUCUCAGGAAGACCAUUGAAAAGGAACAGCAGGCCCAGGAACAGAAGAGACAGCUAUUGAAGGAGAGAGAAGAACAUAUAAGCAAGUUGCAGUCAAAACUUGAAGAAAAGUACCAAGAAACUCUUACGAUGGAAAAAAACAAGUGGCUGAAAGAACAAGAAGCUGAUAUUAAGCAGCAGGUUGAAAAUGCGGUGAUAUUAGCCAAAACACAUUGGGAUAAGGAACGGAAAGAGAUCAAACAAAAUCUUAGUCAACAGCUGGAGAAGGAGUGGCAGUCUAAGCUGGACCACACUCUAAAGCCACUCAGAAAGAAGACCUCAGACUGCGGCAGCCAGACUGACCAGGCAGCCACCCUGGAUAUUAUUUCCAAGGCAGAGAUGUCAGUCCUAGUAGAAGAGCAGAAGCGAAAGGUCCAGCAAGCUUUAGAACAAGAGAAGGAACUAACUAUUAAGGAGGCUUUGAAGAAACUUGAAAUUGAAGUGGAGCUCAAAUACUGUGAAAAUAUUACCAAACAGGUAGAAGCAGCUGUGCAAAAUGCGCGUCAUCGAUGGCUGGAAGAACUGCCUGAGCUGGCAGAGUAUAAAACCCGUGUGAGAGCAGAGCAGAAGAAGUGGGAAGAACAGCAAGAGAUCACCAUGGCCAAACGGCUUUCCUUUGCUCUGUCUGAAGCUAAAGUGAAAUGGAAAAGCGAGCUUGAAAAUAUGAAGAAAAACGGAAUGCCCAGGAAGGAAUUGGAAAUGAAGAUUCAUUCUCUUCAGAAGGAACUGGAGUUAAAGAAUGAGGAAGUCCCUGUGGUGGUCAGGGCGGAGUUGGCCAAGGCCCGGAGUGAAUGGAACAGAGAAAAGGAAGAAGAAAUCCACAGAAUCCAAGAACAGAAUGAGCAAGAUUACCGACAGUUUUUAGAUGAGCAUCGAAAUAAAAUUAGUGAGGUGCUUGCAGCAGCUAAGGAAGACUUUGUGAAACAGAAAACUGAACUACUUCUUCAGAAGGAGGCAGAAUUGCAGGCAUGUCUGGACCAGAGUCGGAGAGAAUGGACGACACAGGAAGCCAGGCGGACCCAGUUGGAAAUCCAUCAGUACGAGGAAGACGUCCUAACUGUGCUUGAGUUUCUCCUAGGGAACACCCAAAAGAAAUACACUUGUGGUUCAGAGGACAAACAACUUUUGGAAAUCAUGUCGGCCUGUUCGUCAAAAUGGGUAUCUGUGCAGUAUUUUGAGAAACUAAAAGCCUGUGUACAGAAAGCACUUCAGGAUAUGUACUUCUUACUUAUAGAAAAUGCCAACCCAGGAUGGGAAAAGAGAAAUAUGGCCAAGCUCUCUGAAGAUUCUUCUAGCUGGGUCACUAGCAGAGGAGACCUGGGAGUGCCAGCACCCAUUCCUGUAGCCAUUUCUGGAGACCACGCUCAGCCCGUGGCCUUGCAAGAAGCAGAAGCAGAAGCUGAUAAGAAAAAGACCCUUGAAAUUAAAGAUAUAUGCUGUGGACACUGCUUCCAAGAACUUAAAAAGGAAAAGCAGGAAUGCCAAGAUCUGAAAAGAAAACUGGACAAAUGCUGUAGGCAUCUUCAGCAUUUAGAAAGGAAGCACAAAGCAGUAGUGGAAAAAAUUGGAGAAGACAAUAGUAAAGUUGUUGAAGAAUUGAUAGAAGAAAACAAUGCCAUGAAGAAUAAAGUGAAAGAACUGCAAACAUUCUGUAUAAUUCCACCAAGGUCACUGUCAGAAGGGGCCAUUGAAAGUUCUUGCCCACCAUGCAAUGGGCAAGCCUUGGAAGAACUUCGUGGGCAGUACAUUAAAGCUGUAAAAAAAAUUAAACGUGAUAUGCUUCAUUAUAUUCAGGAGAGUAAGGAAAGAGCUGCAGAGAUGGUGAAGGCAGAGGUGUUGCGAGAAAGGCAAGAAACUGCCCGAAAGAUGCGCAAAUAUUAUCUGAUUUGCCUCCAGCAGAUUUUACAGGAUGAUGGAAAAGAAGAACGGGCUGAGAAAAAAAUUAUGAAUGCUGCUAGCAAACUUGCUACAAUGGCAAAAUUGCUAGAAACGCCUACUUCUAAUAGAUCCCAGAGCAAAACCACACAGUCAGCACUGCCCCUGACUUCAGAGAUGCUGAUUGGUGUUGAAAAAUCAAAAAGAAAUGAUGUGAAUCAGAGUGUACCACGUUACAUUGAAAGCAAAUCCAACAGUCUAAACAUCCUUCCCAGAAAUAUGUGUGAACAAGUUUCUAAGAGGAGGGUUGCUUGUAACUUACGAAGGCGAUUAGAGGCUUCUGAGCAUGGAGACACAAAACAUGUGGAUUCCAAAGGGUCCCCUGCUGACUUUCAGUUUGGGGAUAGUAGUUGCAAGCACCUAGAUAUUUUGCCAAAGAGUGUUGCUCCUGAGUUUGUUGAAGGUGAAGGAGGCUUUGCUUUGCACAAGAAGAAAGACCUACUCAGUGACACUGGCUCUGAAUCACUUUUGCAUUCAGUCACAUACCCCUUUCUGGGAGCCUUUGGAAAUAAGCCCUCAUCCAGAAAUAUCCCUAGCCUUUCUGAGUCAGGAUCCACACAAACAACCUCUCAAGAUCCUAAUGAAAGACCUAGUUUAAAAGCAUAUACAUGCUGUUCUCUAACAGAAAGUGAAAAUGCCGCAUCUGAGAAAAGCCAAGGUUUGGAUGUUCAGGAAACUCCAGUAAAGGAUAGGGACCUUAGUGGCUCUUUAGGCUGGCUUUCCAACAGUGCUACUUUACUCUGUGACAGUCACGAAGUAUCAUUUUUACAUGAUAGGCCACAAGGAACUUUGGGUAUACUAGAUGAAUCUAUUAAGUUCAAACAAUUUUCAGCAGCCACUUGUCUUUCAGAUACAGAGAAAAAUAAUAUGAUUUGUCAACCAGUGAAAUGUCAGAGUGACCACAUUCCAGACCUGUCAGAAGAAGCCAUGUAUCCCCAGCAAGGGAAAAGCCCUGUGACUCUUGGACAUCCAUCUUAUCCUAAAGCUGACAUAUUAAAGUCAGAUUUCAAAAAACUAAGCAGAGCAGUACCCUCUUCAGUGUGUCAGCAUCCUUCAAGAAAAGUAAUUGCUCCCCUUUCUAACCAGCAAGACAGUGGCUUCGAUAGCCCGUUUGUCAAUCUAGACUGAUUGUGUUGUGCUAUUUUCAAGGAGAAUCAUUAAUAUAUCAACAGGAAAACUGGGAGGGAAGGCUUUAUGCUGAAAAAACUGUGGGCUCUGCCUCUCUUCAGAUGUUUGAAUAACGUCUAUCAUAUGAGUAAAGUCUUCUCAUAAAAUGACUACAGAUAUUAUGCUGCCUUAAUCUUCCAAAGGCCUGAUAAUGAUAUGGUGUGAUCUGCUUCUGUGUGGUGCUUAUAUUUGGUUGUUAAACUAUUUUUAUACUUAUAAAUUGGCUCACU